AUGGCGGUAUGGUUUACUGCACCCUCCAAUGCGGAAAGGGGGCAGGACGACAAUGCUCAUCAAAAUCUUAAGCAGGCCAAGAGAGUGCUAAGAAAGGCUGACUUCACGGCAGAGCCUGUGACGAGUGUGUCCGAGGCCCGGAAAAUUUACCGUAGGCUCCACAAGCUCGGGUUACGAGUGGGCUCCACCGGUUCGAGGUUUCUGCGCGCCGCUCGCCCGGGAGACUGGUUCCGAAGCGCCUACUCGCACAGGCCGCAAACACAGCCGCGCAGCGCGGGGAGCUUCUGGAGGUCUUCCUCUUGCCCGGCGUGCACUGCGCCCGGGGGCGUGGAGAGGAGGACCAUAGAGAAGAACAAACUGUUGGCGACUCUCGCGCUCGCUGAAGAUGGCGGCAGCUGUGUGCAGGUUGCUCCGGGCCUCGGUUGCUCGACAGAAAUUGUUGCUUUUAGCGACAAAGCCAAUGAAUUUCGGGACGUGAACUGUGAAGUUGUUGCAGUGUCAGUGGAUUCCCACUUUAGUCAUCUUGCCUGGAUAAAUACACCAAGGAAGAAUGGGGGUUUGGGCCACAUGAACAUCGCGCUCUUGUCAGAUUUAACCAAACAAAUUUCCCGAGACUACGGUGUGCUGUUAGAAGGUCCUGGUCUUGCACUCAGAGGUCUCUUCAUAAUUGACCCCAAUGGCGUCAUCAAACAUCUGAGUGUCAACGACCUCCCAGUGGGCCGAAGUGUGGAAGAGACCCUCCGCUUGGUGAAGGCAUUCCAGUUUGUGGAAAUUCAUGGAGAAGUCUGCCCAGCAAACUGGACACCGGAUUCUCCUACAAUCAAGCCAAAUCCAACUGCUUCCAAAGAGUACUUUGAGAAGGUAAACCAGUAG